AUGUCCUACCGACGCCCCCAUGAGAGCAAGCAGGAACAGAGGCGCAUUCUGGGGUACAACAUGGCAAGACGAGUGGGGGGCGACGCCUCUCCAAACAAGAACGCAUCAUUCAACCUUGUGCCCGGCUUUUACCACUACCUGCGUGAUGAGCAAGAGGCUGUGCAGAAACGGACGUUCACCAAAUGGAUCAAUUCCCACUUGGCAAAGAGUGUCCCACCUCUGGUCGUGAGUGAUCUGUUUGAGGAUAUCAAGGAUGGUGUCAAGCUGCUUGCCCUGCUAGAAGUCCUCUCUGGACAAAAACUGCAACGUGAGCAGGGCAAGAAGCUAAAGAGGAUCCACUGGCUUGCAAACAUUGGUACUGCUCUCAACUUCCUUGAGGGAAGGAAGUCUGCCUACAGGGGAUCACCGAUCAAGCUAGUGAACAUCAACUCCACAGAUAUUGUUGAUGGUCGACCGUCAAUUGUUUUGGGCCUGGUGUGGACAAUCAUCCUAUAUUUCCAGAUCGAAGAGCUAACCAGCAGUCUACAAGCAACCCACGCCUCACCCCGCAGCUCCUCGUCACUGGACAGCUCUGCCAGCAGCAAUGAGACCACCAGCCCGCCCCUUAAGAAGAAGCCUCUGCUGCCCCUGCAGGGGGGUGCCAGGAAGGCCCUGCUCAGAUGGGUCCAGCAGACAGCAACAAAACAUCUGGAAAUCAAGGUGAUAGACUUUGGCCCUAGCUGGCGUACAGGUUUAGCCUUCUUUGCCAUCCUCAAUGCCCUCCGGCCCAAUCUGGUGGACAUGGAGCAAGUAAAGACGAGACCCAACCGAGAAAAUCUGCAGGAAGCUUUUUUGUUAGCUGAGACACAGUUAGGCAUAGCGCAGCUCCUCGAUCCUGAGGACGUAGACGUGGACAAGCCGGACGAGAAAUCCAUCAUGACAUACGUGGCCCAGUUCCUGAAGCAUCAUCCUGAGCGAGAGCAGAGCGCCUCUGAUGGACAAGCAGCAGCAGCUAAAGAACGAGAAGAAGAGGAGGAGGCGUCUGUCACACAGCAUGGUCUCGCUCCUCGCGAUAUAGAGGAAAUGUUGGAGCGAGAGCAGAGAAAGAGCCUGAGGGAGUUCAAAAUGUGGCUGGACCAGCUGGAGACUGACGCACUACAUGCCCAGGAGACCAAUAGCGAUAUCUCUCAGCAGUACCAGUUGUUCAAGAGUCUGCGUGUCCAGCUGGAAAUGAAGAGAAAUCAGAUGGAAGAUUCCUUAAAGUCCACACAGAAGGACGGGAUGCUGACAGUGGAUCAGGCUCUGGUUAAGCAGGCUUGGGAAAGGCUCUCAAACAAGCUGCUGGAUUGGCACCUGCUGCUGGACACAUCCCUGCCUGCUCCUCUGGAUGCGCUGGGGGCCUGGCUGCACCACACUGAGAGAACUCUGCAACAAGAGUUCAUCACCCAAAAAUCAAAUGAUGAGGAAGACAUCCACAGAGCUUUGGAACAACACAAGGACGUCUUGAAGAGCCUUGAAGAUCAUCAGCUGGUCUUUCAGAGGAUCCAUAAGGACAGAAGUAUUGACGGUGUCCCGAUUUCCCCGGAACAGCUCCAAGACAUGGCUGAGAGGCUCAAUUUUAUGGCCACAUCUUGUUGCGUCCAUUUGGCCAAGAUGGAAUUCUUGGAAAGCAAACACCGCAUGCAGGCUUUUCUCACCGAGGCAGAGUCUAAGCUCAAGUCCUGGAUCAUCAAAUAUGGCACACAAGAAUCUGUGGAACUGAUGCUACGUGAUUACAUUGUUUUUGUGGAGAAGCAAUAUUUCUUUGAAAAUUACAAGACUUUGUUCGAGUCCCUGAAAUGUGCUGCUGAGGUUUACACUAGCGCUGACAGUUCAGCCAACAUGGGAGAGAUGGGGGUGUCUCAGUUCGUGCGAGAUGUGGCAGCCCUGUGGAGGAGCCUAUCCAUGGAAGUGCGCAGUGUGAGGAGCAUGCUGGAGGAGGUGCUUUCCAACUGGGACAGGUACACCUCCACGGUAGCCUCUUUCCAAGCCUGGCUGGAGGAUGCAGAGGAAGCCGUGACCCAGCCAGAAAACAUAAAGCAGGAGUUUUUCAAUAAUCUGAGCUACUGGAUGGACCAACACGCCGCCAUCAACGAUGCUGGGAAUUUUCUCAUUGAAACAUGCGACGAGACCAUGUCAUUCGAUCUAAAGCAGCAGCUGCUUCUCUUGAAUGGGCGAUGGAGAGAACUCUUCUUUAAGGUCAAACAGCUCUCCCGAGGUGAUGAGUUGGUAAAGUGGAGAAAAGACCAUCUAGGGGCAAUGUCGUCUUUAAAAGAGCUUUUGGAUGCAGCAGAGGCAAAGCUCAGUGCUCCUGUCCAUGUGUCUUUCCUCAGUGUUCGAGCCUUUCUGCAGGAUGUGGAGAAUACCAAGCAAAAGGUUGUUGCCAUGGAGACUCAAUACAAGCUGGCCGGCCGCAGCGCUCAGCUGCUUGCAAAGGAUGCGCCACACGACGAGGCCACCCGGGUCAUUGCAGCCAUGACAACAGCUAAGAGUCAGCUGAGUCGAGUUAGAGAGCGAUGUCCCAUCUUUUUGAGGGAAUGUCAUGCUCUUCUGCCAUUGUUGGAGGAGAUGGACAAACACAUCACUGCCUUUUAUCAAGCACUGGAGCAGGCCAGUCAGAUUACUGCCACAGCCAGAGAUGCAGACACACAGAGCCCAACCAUGCACAGACACAAGUGGCAGGAUUUGUUACAGCAGCAGCAGAGCUGUAAGCGAUGUCUGUCGGUGAUCGAGAGGAACCACCACACGGUGCAGAGGGCGCUCUCCAACAGCAAGGUGCUUCGGCACUUCGACACAUGCCUGCUGCAGAAGAUAGUUGCUGAUGUACAAGGCUCAGCCCAGGCUCUGCUGAAAGAGGUCGGUGAAUGGAGAAGGCAGCAAGAGGCCAACAGCUCCCUGGGGAGGAGGUUUGAGGAAUCCCGACAAGAUCUGGAGAGAGUGCUACAGACAGCCCAGGAGUGUUUGGGAGAGAGCGGAGACGCCGAGGAACUACUGAAGACGCACACAGAUUUUUUCAGCCAACUGGAUCAGCGUGUGCUGAGCGUCUUCUUGAAGGCAUGUGACGAGUUGACCGACAUCUUACCAGAAGAAGAGCAACAGGGGCUACAAGAGACAGUCCGCAGGCUGCACAAGUACUGGAAGGACAUUCAGGGUGAGGUACCAUCCCACCUGCUCCGUCUGAAAGUAGAGCUGGAGCAGAGUCGAGUAGAGGCCGUCCUGCAAGACUGCAGAGCAGAGCUUCACCGAGAAAUCCAAGCCCUUUCGUACACCUCAACCAGUGAGCAUGUGGUCAAAGAGCAUAGAGCGUUCUUCAGGGAACGCACACCUCUGACUUUGUGCGAGAAGAGGAUUAGGAACAUGGAGUAUCUGUGUCAUAAAUUGCCUGACAACGAUGUGGCUUACAGAAGGCUAGAUUCUACCAAGAAGGCUGUAGAGGAGGUUACAGAGCAGGUCAUGAGCACCAGCCUGCAGCUGGAACAGCAUCCUGAUAAGUGGAAAGAAUGGAAUGAUAGGUUUUGUGAGCUCUCAGACUGGCUCUCUUCUCAGAGGAGGCUCUUUAAUGAGACUGCAAGAACUUCCACAAGUCAGGAGCAAGUUGAAGCUGCCAUGCAGGCAGUGCAAGCUUCAGAACAUGCCCGAGAAGAGAACCUAUUGUGGCUUAAGAGCCGUCUUUGUAGCUUAACUGACGUGAGUUCUGAACUGGAGAUACAGAGACAGCAAACAGCCCUGACCAAACUUUCAGCUGAUUUUAGGGACCUUUUUUCAUCACUGUGUCAGGGUGGUGGAGAGGGCUCAAGUGCGUUCCAGUUUGAGGAGCUUAGGGAGGAUGUGCGUGGCGCUUUGAAGGAGGUCCUGAAAGCCGGAAAAGAAGCCGGAGAACAGAUCAGCAGGAUUCUGGAUGCUGAGGACUUGAAGGAAGCCCAGGACCUAUUCCUUAUUCACCAGCAACGCCUAAAACAACUACAAGCUCUCAGGAGGGAGGCGGAGCUUCUUGUGUCCCAUUCACACCAGCUGCAGACCGGAGAGGCUUUGAGUCACUCUGUGCAGGAGUUAGAAGAACGUGUCAAAGAAGUUGACUGCCAGUUCAGCACAAAGGAGCACAACCUGCAGGCCACUAUGGACUCCUGGCAGAGCUUUGAAACCGAGCGAGAAACAGUUUGGAGUUUUAUAAGGGAGACAAACACUGAGCUGCGCAAAGAGCUUAUAUUCAACAGCCUGGACAGCCUGAGAAGAGAGAAGGAGCUCAACAAGGACCUUUUACUGAAGGUGGAGGACUGCAGCGUGCGAGCAGACGUCCUCCUGGAGGAUGCAGUAGACCUUCAGCUUGGUCCGAAGAAUCAAAGUCUGGUACUGCAGCAGGCCCAGUUUGCCAGAGAAGCCGUCAAGGAUCUUCAAGACCACCUCAGCAAAAAUGUUGUACAUCUGGAAAGGAUCUGCUCAUUGUGGGAACACUUCAAUGUUGACCUAAAGAUGUUCUCCUCACGGAUCAAUGAAAAUCAGAGGGCACUGGAGGCCAUCAAGAUCACCUCACCUUCAGAUCAUUUGGAACAACACAUCUGCACAGUAGAAACAGUGGCAGAAGAUCUAGAGGAGAGGAAGGCUGUCCUGGUCCACAUGGAGGAGGACUGCAAAGCCCUGUCCAGGUUUGUGACCCCUGGAGAGGGCGAGAGUAUCCGUGCAGGCCUCACCCAGAUGAGGCACUCCUUGGAGGAGCUGAUGGGAAACACAGAGCAUUUGGCAGGCCACCUUAAUCAGAGCUCCUCCCACAGGCAGAGAUGCAACGAUAACCUCGAGCAGGUCAAGAAAACAAUGAGGUAUCUUAAAGAGAAACUUGACUGUCCAGCUUCAUUUUGCUCUUCAUCGUCUGAGGCGCAUAAGAUCUUGCAGAGUCAUAUGGAGGUGCCCCAGGCUGUGGAGCAGCUAAAGCCCAGACUGAUGGUUUUGCGCUCGGCUGUGAGGCGGCUUGGUGAGGGUACCACACUGGAGCAAGAGGUCGUUGACCUUCAGACGCUGCAAGGAGAGUUAAUAGAAAAGGCCACAGAGAAACAAUCUACAUUAGAGAGCCUUAUUGCACUGUGGCAAAGAUUUGAAAAGGAGAAUUCCUUCAUGAAAAGCUGGCUAGACCACAGCGAGCCUCUUUGCUCUCCCGCCAAUGAAUUGCCUUCUGCAGACAAGCUGAAGAUAAGUAUGGAGCUCCAGCAUGUGCAGAAAAUGCAGAAUGAGACCCUCUCUAAUGACGCUCUCCUUCAGGGUAUGGUCAACCUUGCAUUUUGUCUCUAUCCUUCUGCCCCUGAAGCUGGAGUGCAAGAGCUCGGUGAUCUCACACAGCUGCAGCAGCGAUACACUUCACUAAAGGACAACAUAACACACAGGUGCAAGCUGCUGAAGUCUCAGUUGUCCCAGCUUGAACUUUUUGAUGAGGCACUUCUGACAUUGAGCCAAAAAAGUGCAAACUUUCUGUCGGACUUGAGAAUCUCUUUUCAAGUGGAUGUUACCGAUCUCAAUUGGGCGUUCACAAAACUCACGGAGCAUGAGUCUGAGUUCGAGGCUCAUGCGUCACUUAGAGAGGCACUCCAGGAAAGAGAAUCCUCCCUGCUUCAGUGCUCCACUCCAGAGGCCCAGCAGCAGCUCCAGGCUCGGCAAGAGGAUUGCCUCCAACUUCUCAGUGAAUCUGAAUGUCUUCUUCUCCUCCGCAAAAAGGGCCUGAAUGAAUUACAGUGCUUCCUACAGAAGCACAAAGCGGCAGGUCAGGCUGUUGGCCGGCUUCAUGAGGCCCUGCAGAGAAGGGGAAGCUGGCAUUCACCCAAAACUAAAGAGCUCCAUCACCUUAUAGUGGAAGUUGCAAAAGAUUUGGCCCAGUUUGAGGGUGAGGCAGUGGGGUUAGAUGGGCUGCUGAACAAGGCCCACCUUUACUUGUGUGCCUCAGAGGGGCAUGACUCCAAGGGAAGAACCUCUUGCAGGGAGCUGGCAAUGGCUCUCAUCACAUCCCUAGAGGAAGUGCAGAGGGGUUUAGGAUGGAGGCAGGGCGAAGCAGAUGCUGUCAGAGAAAUGUGGAGCUCCUUCAGGGAGAAGAAGGUGGAGGUGAUGAAGAAUUUGGAGAAACUAGCAGAUGAAACUGGGCAAGAGGUGAUCAGUGAGAUCUCACUGCAAGCCUUUCAAAACAGGCUGCGCUCCUUGGCCCAGCUGGAGAAUGAGCUCAAGUCCUUACAACAGUCCCAACAGUGGUUAGAAGAGAAGGGAAGCCAGUUGGCCCAGAGAGACACUGAUCUGGCAGGGGAGGCUCUGGGUGAGGUUAAACUCGUGAAGGCGGCCUGGGACAGCGUCAGGAUUGUCAUUACCAGCCGUCAAAAACAAAGUACAGCAAUACUAGAUCUUCUUCGCCAUCAUCAUAAGCUGAGGUCCAUGCUCUGCACCACUGUAGAGAAGACCCAGGCACUAUCUCACAACCUGCCAAACCACAACCACAGCGCUCAGGAGGCCAGGACGUCCUUCACACGGCAUGAGAAGCUGCAAGAUGAGCUGAGAGAAAAACAGACGGACAUGGAUCAGCUCAUCAGCACAGUGGAGGAUCUGCAGAGAGAAGUGGACCGCAUUCCCAACUGUGGCAUGCGCAUCAUUCAGAGGGAGAUGGAGACAUUAAGGGCACAGUGGUUGGAGGCAACGGAGAGAAUUCAAACUAAUAUGGAAAGAUUGGGCUACUGUAUGACAAUUUGGGAUGACCUAAAGGUCAUGGAGCAGGACAUCUCCCAAUGGACUGUCACCUCCAUCGCUGAACUCAGUGUCACCAAUCUGAACGACAAGGAGGCAGAAAACCGCCUCAUCACCUUUCAGGCAGAUAUGGAAAAAAGGGAGCACUCGCUGGAUGCUCUGCAGGAGAAAGUAGAAGACCUUAAGGAACGAGCUAAAUUAGAGGAAACUCCAAUACAAAUGCAGCUCCUGGAGUCCGACCUGAGGAAAAAGUUGGUCCAUGUGCAGGAGAUGUACAACCAAGCCAAACACAGCCUGACCUACUUCACUUUCCAGAAACAACGACUUGAGGACCUCAUGUCCCUGAUGCUUGAGCGCCUUGACAAAAUCGAGUGCUCCUUGGCGGGCCUCUCUGAAACCACCUCCUCAGAAGACAUUGAUGACAUUAAAGGUCUGCAAGGAGCUGUGCAGCAACAGAGGGCAGACAUGGACUCCGCCAGAGAGGCUCUGAGCACCCUGUGCAGGUCUCAUCCCUCUCAGGAGCUCUCUUGCCUCUCUGCCAACCUCACUGCCAUAUUCAAGCGAACCGAGGUGGUUGCCCAGCGUUGUGCCAAGGCCAGAGGCAGCCUGCAGGAUGUUCUGCAGCUCCACGUCAACCAGCUUUUCCAAGAAUUCCACUCCUGGCUCUCUGGAUCGAAGUUGGAGUUGAAAGAAUGUUCAAAUCAGUCUGGAGACAUUGCCAACCUCGCAGCAAAGUUGCAAAGACUGAAGUUGCUAACAGAGCGGGUAUCAGAGGGUGAGGAGCGUCUCUCUCAGGUUUGUGAGAAGGUUGAGAAGCUCCUCCUCCACCUGCCAGAAGCUGCAGAAAUACAGCUCCGAGAGCAUCUUUCCUCCUGCCGCAGAGAGUGGAGAAACUUCCUGGAUGACUACUCUCAGAGCCAACAAGACCUGGAAAAGAGUAUAUUUAUCUUAAAAAGUUUUGAUGACACUGUCGAAAGUGUCAAAGAAUGGCUUAAGCAGAUGGAGCUCAACCUCAACAGGGAGUCUUUUAUUGGGGAAGAUGGCCAAGGUGCUCCUGAUAGCAGAAAAGAACUGGAUGAAGUGGAAAACUUCCAUAAGGAGCUUUUGACAAGACGGGACUCAAUCGACCGUGUCAUCCGAGAGGCUCAGUCCUUGUCUGAAGCAGGACCCGGUUCCGGUGAAGAGGUCCGAAUGGCAAUGCGGCUUCAGAUGGAGCACCAGGCUCUGCUCAAAGCCGCCAGUGAGAGGCUGCGAGCGUGUCAAGAGAACCAGGCCUUUGGGGAGACCCUCCAAGCAGUCUGGGCCUGGUUAGAGGACAUCCAGGAGAAGCUGGGUACAGUUGAUAGCACCAUGGGAACCAAAGAGCAGUUGCAGCAGAGGCUAGAGACUGUACAGGAUAUCCUGCUUUUGAAGGGGGAGGGGGAGGUCAAACUGAAUAUGGCGAUAGGUAAGGGCGAGAUGGCCCUACGCAGCUCUGGGGCCGCUAGACAGGAAGUAGUGCGCUCUCAGCUCCAGGAGGUGGAGGAUGCUUGGGCCACGCUGCUUGUGACUGCCAUGAGCUGCCACAGUCGUCUGGAGUGGACUGUCUCACAGUGGAGUCGGUACUUGGAAAAUGCGUCCCAGCUACGUGGCUGGAUGGAGGCUGUUGAGCGGGAGGUAUGUGCUUCCCUCACCCCUCAGCCGGGACCCAGAGAGAAGGCCUUGCAGCUGGAGAAGCUCCGAUCCUUGCUGGCCGACCUGGAGGAGCACCAGAUGGCUUUGUCCAGUCUGGAGGAAAAAGCCAGAGAACUCUUUAAGAAGACAGGGGACGCCAGUUUUAACCAUGGCGCUCGAACACAGCUGCAGGUGCACUUUGACGAGCUGACAGCUUUGGUGGAGGAGCGAGUUCGUCGAGCACAGAGCGUGGUGCUGGAACACCAGGAAUACUUGGAGGCUGUCCGGGAGCUUACUGAUUGGCUGAUGACGGCAGGAGAGGAGCUUCAGCAUUGGUCAGAUACAUCUGGAGACUCCACCUCCAUCAGGAAGAAACUACUUGAAGUAAGGGAGCGUGUGGAGUGUGAACUUCUGGAGGGUCGGGAGCGUCUUAGCCGCGUGCGUAGGACAGCGGUGUCUGCGGCUGAGCACACGGCCGCAGGAGGUUGCGAGGCCAUGGACCGACAGCUGGGGGCGCUGGCACAAGCGCUAGAGCAAUGGGAAGGCGCUGCUCUGAGGUCCCGGGACGGCCUAGAGGGAGCUCUCGCCUCUGCCUCUGCCUCUGAAGAGGAAUACGAGUGUCUGACCUCUCAGCUGGAUGAGGAUUUGAAAGCACUUGAUGGACGACUGAAGGGAUGGAGCCAGGAGCUGAUAAGAGCUGAGGGUUGGUGCAAUGGCGAGGAAGCAGUGGCAGGAUGGCAACUGGCUAAGGACAUACUGGAAGGCUUGCAGAGCGCGGAGCCCAUGGCAGAGAAGUUGAAAGGUCAACUGAACGAGCUGGUACGAUACUCCAGAGACUUGGGUUCCCAGUCCGACCGAGUCACCGUUCUUGUCAAGCAGCACAACAGCCUCAGCCUCCAUGCAUCCAGGGAGUGCCAGAAUAAGGAGCGCCUACUGGAGCAGCGGUUCCGUGCUGCCCUCAGAGACUUCCAGCAGUGGUUGGUUAACGCCAAAAUCUGUACCGCCAAAUGUUUCGAUGUGCCGCAGAGCGUGGCAGAGGCCUCCACUGCUCAGCAACGAAUACAGGAGUUCUUGAGUGACAGGGAGCACGGCCAGGCCAGGCUGAGUACAGUAGGAGCCAGCGGGGAGCUUCUGAUGGCGGUGGUGUCCAAAGACAGGGUGGAGGGGAUCAAGGCCAAAGUGGCAAACGCGAGAGAAGACUGGAGGAGGCUGAUGAAUGACCUGCAGUUGAGGGAGGAUGCGCUCAAGAAUGUAUAUUGUCAGAUGACAGAGUUUGAAGCAAGCGCUCAACCUCUGCUGGAGUGGCUUAACAGCACCGAGUUCAAAGUUCAGGAGAGCAGUGCUCGGCUACACGACCUCCAAACCAAGAAACAAGAGCUAAGCAAACUACAGGCUAUUCUUGAGGAGAUGUCCAGUCGUGAAGCAGAACUCGGACAUCUUAGAGAGAGUGCGCAUCGUCUUUGGGAGGGGCAGGCAGCAGGCAAGGGCUUUGUCCACCGAGUGUCCCAGCUGUCGGCGCAGUGCUUGGCUCUCAGCAACUUGACCAAGGACAAGUCCUCCAGGGUUGAACGCAUUGUCGGGGAGCACCGUCUCUUCUCUCAGGGUCUGAAAGAGCUCCAGGAAUGGGUGUGCAAAGCUCAGAGGCUCCUGGCCACCUGCGUCUCCGCCACCUCCAAUAAAGUUGUGCUGGAGGACCGCAUGUUGCAGUUGGAAGCUUUGCUCGCCGCACGUCAGGAGCGGGAGAUCCAAAUGAAGAUGCUGCUUACCAGGGGAGAAGCAGUCCAAAGAAACACAUCGGCUGAGGGUGUCCCAGUCAUCCGCAAGCAGAUCCAGGACCUGAAGGACUCGUGGGACUCCCUGCUGUCUGCGUCCAUCAAGUGCAAAAGUCAACUGGAGGGCGCCUUGUCGCAGUGGACCAGCUAUCAGGAGGACGUUGGUCACUUUGUGCUUUGGAUUGAGCGCGUUGAGGAAACACUGAGCUGCUCGGACAGACAGUACUCUGAGAUGAGAGACAAGACUGCAAACCUGGGAAAGACUAAGCUUCUGUAUGAGGAAGUGCUGAGUCACAGCUGUCCUCUGGAGACCAUUGCAACUAAGGGGGCCAACAUGGCAGAACACGGCACUACGCAGCAGGAAGUGAAGCAGCUACAGAACAGAUACAAUGCCCUGAAAGAAAAGGCCAAGAAUGCAGUCAGCAAGGCCAAGGGGCUGGUGCUGAUCCAUCAAGAAUAUCAGCGAGUGCUCCAUGUGUUUGAAGAUUGGUUGGAGCAAGAACAGGCCACUCUUGCAUCAUUAUCCCUUUCAGAGGCAAAUGUGGACACACUUGAGGAAACACUGAAGCAGCUCAAGCUUCUACAGGAGCGAUGCUCAGAUGGUCAGUCGCUGCUGUCGUCAGUGCUGACUAGCAGAGGGAGGGUCAUUCAAUGGGGUGUACCCCAGAUUGAGGACAGAACCCUUGACACUGCACAACAGGAGUGGGUGGCCUACCAGGACCGUUUGGAGGAGACCCAGACCCAGCUGAAGUCCACUCUGGCCAGAUUGAAAGAGAUGGACCAGAAGUUCCUUACCUUAGGCCAGUGGCUUGAGGAGAUGGAGAAAGAGGCCAUAUUGAGACUUCGGAGGUCAGACAGGGGCACCAAAGAGACUCAGCUGAAGAAACUCAAGUCGUGUCUCCAAGCAUUGCUGACACGGCAAGGAGAAGUGGAUGGCCUCUCCUCGCUAUCACAGCAGAUUCUCGAAGAAGCUUACAUCAGUGGUCGUGUUAGCGUCACGGCAACGCAGCUCACUGCCCGCUACCACUCCCUGCUGCUCAGCAUACAGGACACGAUCAAGCAAUUACAGGAGGAGCUGAAGAGUAUUGAAGAGGCCGAAAACCUUUGUGUGUCCUUUACGGAUUGGAUAACCUUGACGCAGAAAAACUUUACAGAAGUAACCAACACAUCGGAAGCCCUGGACCGCAACGCAAUGGACAAAAAGCUGAAGAAACUUGAGACUCUGCAGGCUGAUCUCCAUCACGGUCACAUCUUCCUGAAGGCCCUGAGAGAGAGGGCCGAGCGUGUGGCAGACUUCCUAAACGAGGACAGAGCGAAGAGCUUAGGAGGUGAGGUGGAAGCCCGUCUUUCCCAGCUGGAGGAGCUUGCAGGCUGGCUGAGGCAAGAGCACGGCUUCCUGGAGCGCGCAUUUCUGCUGGCUAAGGAGUUCCAGGACCGCCACAAGGCUCAGGCCCAGUGGCUAGGGGAGACCAAAUCUUUGCUCAGCUCUCCACUGGAGCCCAAAGCCGAAUUAUACCAACGAAGGGCACAGCUCGCCAAACACAAGACUCUGUUACAGAUGGUCCAGUCCCAUGAUGCUUCCAUCAGGUCAGUGUUGGAGAAGGGCGACGCUCUGUUGGCAUCAGUCCAUUACCCCUCAGUCAGAGACAAAAUGAAUAGACUGCAAAAAGACUACAGUGACCUGUGUAAUAUGGCCAUGGCCCGCGUGGAGCAUCUCGAGGGCCAGGUCAAGGAGCAGGAAGUAUACCACCACAAGCUACAGGAGGCGGAGCGAUGGCUGCUACAGAUGUCCAGCAGGAUGGUGACCCCUGACCCCAGCAUGAGCCGAAGUCUGGAGGAGGCCACAAAGCAGCUGGCGAGGCACAAGGCCAUCAUGGAGGAGAUAGCAGGCUUUGAGGAUCGCUUGGCAGGCUUGAAUCAGCGAGGGGACCACCUGGUGCAAGGCUGUGACGAGCGCGUGCAGAGUAGGCUGAGACAGCAGGUCCAGGCUCACCAGCAAGGCACCAGAGACAGUUACUCUGCCAUCUGUAGCACAGCACAGAGAGUAUAUCAGAGCCUAGACCAUGAGCUCCAAAGACACUUGAGUCUCCAAGACACUCUGCAACAGUGCAAGACUUGGCUGAGGUCUGUCUCCCAGCAACCAGAGCCUCCUGCACAGACCCCUCUCAACGUAGAGAAGGCGCUACAGCAGGUGAAGCAAGAGCGGGCCCUCCAGGAACAGGCCAGCACUUACUUCCAGCUGGUGUGCUCUUCCUGUGACCUCUCACUCCUCAGAGUGCAGGAGGUGGCUGCCGCGAUCCAGCAGGUCAAACUCCAGAAUGAGGAGCGCAUGAUGCUUUGCGAGGAGGUUGCAGAUGCCUGGAGAGAUGUCGAGGAGCAGAAGACACAUUUGGAGGUACGGCUGAGAGAGACGGAGCAGCAACUGGAAAACCUCAUUAGAUGUCCAGCAGAGCUUGAGCCCAGAAUUGCACAAAACCAGCUGGACAAAGCACAGGAGUUCCUCCAGCACGUGAGGGAAAGGCAGUCUGAGUUAAGCCGUCUGAAUGAGGCCAUCAUUAAAAUGACAGACGGACAGGACUGUCCCAUCCUGGAAGACAUGAAGAAACUAAGGAGGAGCUGGAUAGAAAUAGGCCAGCGUGCAGAGAAGCUCGAGGCGGAGCGAGGGGACGACAUGCAGCGAAGUGGCGAGUAUCAGGAGAGCGUGGUUGCUGUCGAAGAGGUUUUCCAUCAAGUAUCCAGGGAAUGGGACUACCUGGCCAGGGCCGACACUGAGAGUACAAGGGAACAUCUAGAAGCUCUUAAAAAGUUAUCCAGUGACCUUGUGAAGCGUAAAGCAACCCUAGAAGAUCUGCGAGACCAGAAACAAACUAUUCUGCCACAAAUAAGCCUGUUGGACAAGGAACUAGUCAAACAACAGAUGGGUCACCUGGAGAAACGCUGGGCUCAGCUUGAGACUCUUAUCCACCAGAAGAUCCAGGACUCCACACAGACGCUAGAGGAACUGGCACGGGUGGAAACCCAGCUGAGGGAGGCCCGGCAGUGGGUGGAAGAGAAGCGACCCGCACUCACCUCCACGCUGAAAACCAGCCCACCGCCUGACCUGGCCCAGAGUUUUCUGUUCGACCACCUGAGCGUGUGCGUGGAGCUGGAGGCCCGUCAGCAGCUGCUGGGCCGAGCGGUGAGCGAAGCGCAAUGUGUCGCCUCCAGACUGGGGCUGAGAGAAAGGAGAAGCCUGCAGGAGCUUGUUGAACACGCCCAGACUGAAGUGGAGGCUCUGGAGGCACGAGUAGCCCAGAGGAGAAAGUACCUCAGCAAGGCCUUCACAGAGAGGACUCAGUUCCUUCAGGGUCUGGGGAGAGCACUGUUAUGGGUACAACAACAAGAGAGGAAGGCUCUGAUAGAUGACCACAUUGCGCUUCUUCCAGAGGAUCUCGCUAAACAGGCGUCCGCGUGUCGCAGCAUCCAAAGCAGCCUUCGAGCCUACCGGAGGGAGUUGGUAUCUCUCUGGUUUCAAGGUCGGGAGCUCGAGAAGGAUGCCACAGACAAAGAAAGAGAAGAAACCUUGGCAAAACUUAAGGAGCUGCAGGCGGUUUUCGAAGCGGCUUUCCAGACAACCAGCCAGCGUGUCACAAUCUUGGACAAAGCUUUGACAUCCAGGAAGUACUUCCAGGUGGACCUUAACAAGACCUGUCACUGGCUGAGACACGCGGAGGCCAUCACCUUCCGGGAAAUCAAUCUCAACCACAUUGAGGAUAGCUCGGUACUGCAAGAACAUCUAUGCACCUUUCAAAAAGUCCUGGAACAAGCUUCGGAGAACGAGAACCUCCUAUUGAUCGUACAAAGGAUAGGCCAGGAGAUCCUUCCCACUCUGAACGAGAUCGACCACUGCUACCUAGACGAGCGACUCAAUGCUCUCCCCCAACAGUACAAUAGCAUCCUGGCGCUGGCCAAAGAAAAAAAAGACAGGAUUCAACAAAUAAUCAUAGAGAGGAAAGAUUUUAGCACUUUUUUUGAUACGACUCGAAGCGCAUUGGAGGACCUUCAGGAGCAGUUUGACAAUCUGGAGAAGAAGACUAUCAAUACUUGUGAUGAGGAGCUGCGUUGUUUAAGGAGUGACUAUCAGAGGAUGGAUGAAGCUUUAUCCAACAUCAGCCCUGCGGUAAGAGACCUUCAUGGAAAAAAUGAGGGGUUUCUCAGUACGGGCUACACGUACAAAGCUGAGGAAACACGUCAGCUAGUGCGCCUUCACAACACUCUUAAAAGAAGAAAUUAUCAAAAACAAAAAUAUUUGGAUCAUGCCUUGAAGAUAAUCAAUGAGCACAACAGAAUACUUAAAACCUUUGACCAGGAACUGAAGUUUGCCAAAGACAAUCUGGUUAGACUCAAGUCAGACAAAGAACUUGAUGCCACGCAUAAAAUUGCAGCUCUUUUUGCAUUACUUGAACGUCUGGAUAGUGUAUCUUUAGAGGCCAAAGAAUGUAACCAGCAGAUCGCAAGCCUCUGCUUGAGGUCCGACCCCGUUGCCUUUCAGGAGAUGAAAUCCCUGCUUGACUCACUGCAGUCCUUACGUUUAGACAUUAAAUGCUGCAUUGGAGAAAGUGAAAAGGAUGUCCCACAAGACUUCACGACGGGGAUGGAGAAAAUGGCCGAAUGGCUGAAGGACUUUAAAUCCGCAGUGAGGGAGCCUGUAAGCUUAACAGAAGCCAAAGUUGAGAGUGUGCAGGAGAAAAUGUGCAAACUGGGAAUCAUGAAAGAAGAAGUGAAGAGCAGAUUGAGGAUGGUGGAUAAAUUGUUUAGCCAGGAAGUGCAAAGAUAUUGCAGUAGAAAGGAAAGUAUUCCAGCCUAUGUGGAUGUGAAAGCAGAGGAGCUAAGGAGGCUGGGAGCUGAAGUUCUAAAGGAUAUUAACCAAAAGCAGCUGACUCUGGGUCCAGCUCUUGCCAUGAUCCAGCGGCACCACUCUACCUUGCAGUCCAUGCAAACACACCUGGAUUGUGCCGCUGAUUGCCUUCAAAGUGCCAGCGCUGGGGUGGAUCUGGAGCACCACACAGAUUGGAUUCUCAACCUGCAAGAAAUUUCAGUGCAGGAAAAUAAUUAUACAGCUGUUUCAGAAGAGAUAAGAGACACCCUGGAGCCCCUGUUGACAGAAGUUGCGAUGAACCAGCUAAGAGGAGAAGCUGAAGCCAUGCGGAUGAGGAGCACAGAAAUCAAACACCAUACGGAGGCCUGCAAAGACGUCCAUGAGAGGUGUGUGUCUCUAUGGGCCUCCAUCCAACGUGACAGAGACCGGCUGGUUGAACAAAUGAACGAUGUAGAGAGCAAGAUGGCAGCAUUCUCCACCGCUAAAGCAGAGAGUCUCCAGCAGGCAGAAGACAAGUGUGAGAAAUACAAGUCUCUAGCGACUUAUGCUGACCUUCAGGAGUUUGCUAUCACUGCUAUGAAGGAAGACAAGGUAGUCGAGUUAGAGCGGCUUGUCAUCAAAUCUGGUGCAGCCGCCGUCGUCCACCAUGCUCUCUCAUCACUAUGGCAAAGGUGGACCAGGCUUCGCAGUGUGGUGAGAGUCCAGGAGAGGGCACUGGAGGACACUGCCAGGGAGUGGAGGAACUUGACAGAAAAGGUAAGGAGAAUACAAUCUAUCUGGGCAAAAAUGUUGGUCUAA